GACGCGCCGAGGCGCGAGAGAGGCAUGGCAGUUCCCACGGCAGCCGGGUCUCCGGCGCAGCGGCUGGACACGUGUUUGGAGGUGCUGGGCGCCGCCGCGGGUCGCCCCGAGCGGUUCCUCAGUGUCCAAGAUGGACUCGCUGCCGACUUCGUCGCCCUGACCAAAGCAUUGUAUGACUUCCACCACGCCCUUCGCGGGGGGGCCGCGGCGGGAAGUCCUUUGAAAGAGCUGGUGAUCGAGAACUUUGACGAAGAACAGAUCUGGCAGCAGCUGGAGCUCCAGAAUCACGCUGUCCUCGGGCCCUUGAAGAAGGCAGUUGCUCGAAACGUAGAGGAUGGGGUAAAGGGGGCACUCUCCCUCCUCCCAGAGGUUGGGGAGGACGAGUCUGGGGGGGGAGACGGGGGGGAGACAGAUGUGGAGGACCAGGCGGAGGAGGAAUCUGGCCGCAGCAGCGGCCACAGCGAAGAGGAGGAGGAAGGCGGGCCCGACAGAAAGAGAAGCCGUUUGGGAGCAGCCGACAGCGGUGACUUCAGUGACGAGGAUUCGGACCUGGACUUUGAUAUCGAAAAGUUAGAGCAGCCAACCCGAAAGUCAAAGGACGUCAUGAAAAAGACGGGGGAAGAGUCCUUGGUGGAUGACAGAUUUUUCAAACUCUCCGAGAUGGAGGCCGCUUUGGAGGUGGAGGAGAGAGAAGGAAACCGAGACAGCGACAGCGAAGGAAUAGAUUAUUUUGAAGAGAUUCUCUCUGAAGAUGAGGAGGAGGAGGAAGAAGAGUUUGGAGUGAUGAAGAAGAAGGCAAUUAAAAGUGCUCGUGAUCUUAAAUAUCAAGAUUACUUUGAUCCUGUGGAUGGCGACAGCGGUCCCGUGGAUGAACAGGAAGAUGACCAAAACAUCCAGAGCGGGGAAGGGGAAGUAGAAGAAGCAGAAGACGACGACAGCGCUGGGAGUGCUCCUGAGAGCACUGAGGACACGGGUGGAAUCAGACAGAUCGAAAAUGGGAAAAACAAAGAGCCUUCGAAAAGAGUGACGUUCACCUUGCCCUCUGACAGUGACAUGGAAGAAGAAACCCCCGCGUUCCGGGAAAAGUCCAACAAGUCCCCCGAAAUGAAAUCUUCCUUUGAGAAGAGACAGGAAAAGAUGAGCGAAAAGAUUAAAUCCCUCGAAGAGGAGCUGCUGACGGAGAAGCCGUGGCAGCUGAAAGGCGAAAUUACGGGGCAGAAGAGACCGGAGAACAGCCUUCUGGAGGAAAUGCUGCUUUUUGACCACGCGGUCCGGAUGGCUCCUAUGGUCACAGAAGAAACAACGCUUGAGCUGGAAGAGAUUAUCAAGAGAAGGAUAAAAGAUCAGGCUUGGGAUGAUGUGGUCCGUAAAGAAAAACCGAAAGAAGAUCCAUUUGAGUAUAAGAAGCGUUUGACUCUGGAUCACGAGAAAAGCAAAUUGAGUCUGGCUGAAAUUUAUGAGCAAGAAUAUUUGAAACUGAACCAGAAAAAAACUGAAGAGGAAGAAAAACCUGAGCAUAUAGAAAUACGGAAAAUGAUGGACUCUCUCUUUGUCAAGCUGGAUGCCCUGUCCAACUUCCACUUCAUGCCGAAGCCGCCUGUGCCCGAAGUUAAAAUAGUCUCCAAUCUCCCAGCAAUCACCAUGGAAGAAGUUGCUCCGGUGCAUGUUAGCGAUGCUGCACUUCUGGCCCCUGAAGAAAUUAAGGAGAAGAACAAAGGCGGGGAUGUGAAAACUGGUGCCGAAAAGACCCCCACGGAUAAAAAACGGGAUCGUAGGAAAAAGAAGCUGAUGAAGCGCAUGAAACUGAAGGAGAGGGAAAGGCGACAGAAAGUCCUGGAGAAGAAAUUGGAACCGAGCGCCAAGUUAAGCAGAAAAGCGUCAGCUGCGCAGCUGAAAAAGCUUACAAAGGAAAGGAGAACCUCUUUGUUGAAGGAUGACGGUGGAGACAAGGCUUUGAAGUCCUCCAAGGCGUUCUUUUCUCAGUUGCAAGAUCAAGUGAAAAUGCAAAUUAAGGAUGCCAAGAAAAGCAAGAGAAGACCAAAGCAGCAAGAACUCUCUGCCCAGAAGCUAAAGCUGUAAUAAAUUAUGCAUGCCCUGCUUUGUAUAAAUUAAAAUAAG